AUGGCCACGGUUGAUGCCACGGUUCUUAGCCAGUACGAGAUCAAAGUUGUGUCCGGUCUUGAACGAGUUGGGGCCACGUUGUCACUGAUUGGCGUGACCUUGAUCUUCUUGACCUACUGGAAGUUCAAGCGCAUUCGAAGCGUCCCGAACCUGUUUAUUGUCUUCGCCUCAAUCGCCAACGUCGGCGCGAGCGUGGCCUGCGCUAUCGGCUAUGAUGGACUUGACCUAGGGCCCGAGUCUGCUUUGUGCCAGGCUCAAGCAUUCUUGCUUGAAAUGUUCAUGCAAUCCGAUCCAUGGUGGUCUUUCGCCAUGGCCGUUAACGUCUAUCUCGUCUUCUUUGCCGGCGCUAGUCCCUCCUCCUUUCGUCAUUAUCUCUGGGUCUACUGCGUCGUCUGCUUUGGCUUCCCACUGAUUCCCGCUCUGAUCUGUCUCUUCCUCCGCCCCAACCACCCGAAUGACUAUAUCUAUGGCGACGCUACAUUGUGGUGCUGGAUAAACAGGAGAUGGGCAGAUCUCCGUAUAUUCACAUACUAUAUACCCAUUUGGUUUUGCUCCAUCGGCUCCUGUGUCAUUUACUUCGCCGUCGGCUAUCACGUUUUUCAUCAUCGCAAUCAACUCCACAAUCUCACCUUCAGCAACGCCGAGCAUGGUGCCAGAGGGUUAAAUCGCUCGGGCGAGCGCGAUUCUGCUGAAAAGGUAUCCGACCUAUCGCGCGAAGGCACCCGUGAUGACUGUCCCCUCGUUGACACCCAUCAGAACGUCGCAAGCCGUACCGAGUUUUAUGGUACCGCCGUAACGGAGGUGGAGAUAACCACCAUGACACCAAGACCGUGGACACCCCACUUGCCCCCCACGGCCACCACGAAAGGAGCCGCAGACGAGCAGCCCCGACACCAGCAAUCAUGGCGAACGAGCGAAGAUGAUGGGUCACCGAGUCCGCGCUUCGAAACCACUUGUACAUCGAAUCCGCCUCCGCCAAAGGCACGUCGUUCCAUCUUCCAGCAGAUCAGGGCCGUUGGAGCGAAGUUCUCCAGCAGGCUGGAACGUCUGGAUCCAGUGAAGCUUGCAUAUCUUCGAACCAGCUUCAUCUUCACCAUUUCCGUGCUCGUCACUUGGACCCCAAGCUCCAUCAAUCGAAUAUAUAACAUGGUCAACCGCGACGAGUCCAAUUUUGGUAUGAACGUCGCCAGCGCCACGGUCUUGCCGUUGCAAGGAGUCUGGAACGCCGUAAUCUUUUUCAUGACCAGCUGGACGGUUUUCAAAGAAGAGUGGAAGGACAUGCGCGGCAGCUGCCGGGUCCGGCUUGGCAGCUGCGGUGAAGAAGGCUUGCAUGCCGCUGCCAGAAUCGAUGUGUCCCGAGGCGAUCAACAAGACCGCUUCAGGUACGGCCGUUAUGGGCACACAAAGGCACUCGGCAGCGAUCAUAGUGAUCUUGAGCUGACAUCCCCAUCAGGCGGUGGCAAUGUACGAGCGAUGCGAGGAUCGUUUAGCAUAUGA